AUGGUCACCCCGUCUGUCCGCUGGUGCUCCGUGGCGCUCACCCUACUGUUCGUCCUGCACGAAGGGAAGGGCCAUCUGCCUCUGGGAUCCGCACCUGCCGCAGGAGCCCGAAGCAGCCACUUGCGCAUCAAGCGAUGUUCCUGCAACAGCUGGCUGGACAAGGAAUGUGUCUACUUUUGCCACUUGGACAUCAUCUGGGUGAACACGCCAGGACAGACCACUCCUUAUGGCCUGGGAAACCCGCCAAGGCGACGCCGCCGCCGAGCCCUGAGCAGGUGUGAAUGUGCCAGCUCCAGAGACCACACCUGUGCCACCUUCUGUCACCUUUCUCAGCCAAGGUACCUUCUGGCUAAGCCAAAGAUGCCCUCCCACAGCCAGCCCUCAGCAACGCCUCUGCUUCAAGACACAAGGGCAGAUACAAGCAGCAGGCUCCUCAGGGCACUAAGGGACAUUGCCAAAUCCCGAGUCCACUUAGCUCAGUGGCAGCGCAAGUCUCCUGGAGGCUCCAGACCCAAUCUGCUGUCUCAGAGGAGGAAGCGAUAAAAAAAGAAGAGAGCAGCAUUGGCCUGAAGAACCCCAGGCUCUCAAGGACUUCCAAGCUCCUGGCCCAGUUAGAUGCACAAAGGAUGGAAGUUGGAGGAGCAGCUUGUGGGCAUGUGGGAGAAUGGAGUCAGGCGUAGAGGGUGAAGACAGUGCUGGACACUGGA